AUGCGGAGAGAUGUGGGAGCUGGCAACGGAAGGCGGAAGCAGGGAGCUCAUCACAUCUCCCCUUACAACCAGUACAUCUUUCCUUACAACCAGCACAUCUUCCCUUACAACCAGUACAUCUUCCCUUACAACCAGUACAUCUUCCCUUACAACCAGUACAUCUUCCCUUACAACCAGUACAUCUUUCCUUACAACCAGUACAUCUUUCCUUACAACCAGUACAUCUUUCUUUACAACCAGUACAUCUUCCCUUACAACCAGCACAUCUUCCCUUACAACCAGUACAUCUUCCCUCACAACCAGUACAUCUUCCCUUACAACCAGUACAUCUUUCCUUACAACCAGUACAUCUUUCCUGACAACCAGUACAUCUUUCUUUACAACCAGUACAUCUUCCCUUACAACCAGCACAUCUUCCCUUACAACAAGUACAUCUUCCCUUACAACCAGCAUAUCUUCCCUUACAACCAGUACAUCUUCCCUUACAACCAGUACUUCUUUCCUUACAACCAGUGCAACUUUCCUUACAACCAGUACAUCUUUCCUUACAACCAGUGCAACUUUCCUUACAACCAGUACAUCUUCCCUUACAACUAUACAACUUUCCUUACAACCAGUACAUCUUUCCUUACAACCAGUUUCAUCUUCCCUUACAACCAGUACAUCUUUCCUUACAACCAGUACAUCUUUCCUUACAACCAGUACACCUUCCCUUACAACCAGCACAUCUUCCCUUACAACCAGUACAUCUUUCCUUACAACCAGUACAUCUUUCCUUACAACCAGUACAUCUUCCCUUACAACCAGCACAUCUUCCCUUACAACCAGUACAUCUUCCCUUACAACCAGUACAUCUUCCCUUACAACCAGUACAUCUUUCCUUACAACCAGCACAUCUUCCCAUACAAACAGCACAUCUUCCCUUACAACCAGUACAUCUUUCCUUACAACCAGUACAUCUUUCCUUACAACCAGCACAUCUUCCCUUACAACCAGUACAUCUUCCCUUACAACCAGCACAUCUUCCCUUACAACCGGUACAUCAUUCCUUACAACCAGUACAUCUUCCCUUACAACCAGUACAACUUCCCUUACAACCAGUACAUCUUCCCUUACAACCAGUACAUCUUCCCUUACAACCAGUACAUCUUCCCUUACAACCAGUACAUAUUCCCUUACAACCAGCACAUCUUUCCUUACAACCAGUACAUCUUCCAUUACAACCAGUACAUCUUCCCUUACAACCAGUACAUCUUCCCUUACAACCAGUACAUCUUCCCUUACAACCAGUACACCUUCCCUUACAACCAGUACAUCUUCCCUUACAACCUGCACAUCUUCCCUUACAACCAGCACAUCUUCCCUUACAACCAACACAUCUUCCCUUACAACCAGUACAUCUUCCCUUACAACCAGUACAUCUUCCCUUACAACCAGUACAUCUUCCCUUACAACCAGCACAUCUUUCCUUACAACCGGUACAUCUUCCCUUACAACCAACACAUCUUCCCUUACAACCAGUACAUCUUCCCUUACAACCAACACAUCUUCCCUUACAACCAGUACAUCUUUCCUUACAACCAGUACAUCUUCCCUUACAACCAGUACAUCUUCCCUUACAACCAGCACAUCUUCCCUUACAGCCAGUACAUCUUCCCUUACAACCAGUACAUCUUUCCUUACAACCAGUACAUCUUUCCUUACAACCAGUACACCUUCCCUUACAACCAGCACAUCUUUCCUUACAACCAGUACAUCUUUCCUUACAACCAGUACAUCUUUCCUUACAACCAGUACAUCUUCCCUUACAACCAGCACAUCUUCCCUUACAACCAGUACAUCUUCCCUUACAACCAGUACAUCUUCCCUUACAACCAGUACAUCUUCCCUUACAACCAGCACAUCUUUCCUUACAACCAGUACAUCUUUCCUUACAACCAGUACAUCUUCCCUUACAACCAGUACAUCUUCCCUUACAACCAGUACAUUAUAUAA